GCGGCCGCAGCGCGAGAGCAGAGUACGAACUGCUGCUGCCGGAGUCAUGGCAGGACAGGCAUUUAGAAAGUUUCUCCCCCUCUUUGACCGAGUAUUAGUUGAAAGGAGUGCUGCAGAAACUGUAACCAAGGGAGGCAUUAUGCUUCCAGAAAAAUCUCAAGGAAAAGUAUUACAAGCAACAGUAGUAGCUGUUGGAUCCGGCUCUAAAGGAAAGGGCGGAGAGAUUCAACCAGUUAGCGUGAAAGUUGGAGAUAAAGUUCUCCUUCCAGAAUAUGGAGGCACCAAAGUAGUUAUAGAUGACAAGGAUUAUUUCUUGUUUAGAGAUGGUGACAUUCUUGGAAAGUAUGUAGACUGAAAUAAAUCACUACUGACAUGGCAUCACGUGAAGCUGCCCACUCCACUGAAGUUCUGAAAUCUCAUCAUGUAAAUAAUUUCCAUGUCUCU